AUGGCGCUUUCAUCCGAUAGCGAAGGUAGCCCGAAGUUGAAGAGCCAUGUUGAGAAGAGAGUCCGAAACCAGGGAUUGACUUGUAAAUACCUGGAGGCAAAGAGGCGGGGCAAGGGUAAAAAAAAAGAAUAUGUUUCAACCCUUGAGAUGAAGAUUGCAAGACUGGAGAAUGCUCUUCGGUCUGGGCUUCCAGCAGAUCGAGUAAGCGUGGGGCCAUCUUAUGCUUCAGAUCACCGCUCAGAUGAAAUGGCCACAAAGACACUCGGCUCGACCUCGGAAUUUGGGCCAGGUGAUGUGCGACCAUUAGCGCAUACGGACGGGCGAUCGAGCACAGCUCUGCCGCCUACUGAGACCGAGGGACCUUACACUAGCCGAGUUGUUGCGCAGGCCUCUGGAACAAGGAAUUCGGGGUCGAACUUACCGACACCGAAAUCCUCUAUCGGAACAAGCAGUGCGAUAUCAGCUGUACGAGAGAGGUUCUUUGCGUCGCUCCCAGACAGCAAUGUUGUGAGACGGCUCCGUACCCAAAUGCAGCAUGGUGGGUUGACAAGUUCUAUAUUCACGCACCUCUCUUCCAAGGCCCACCUUGAAACACUAUUUAAAGAAGCCUACAGUAAUACCAACUGCCAGUGGCCACUGUUCGACCAUCAUAGUCUGAUACAGCUCUUAGACGAGGAGUACGCGAGUGACGGGUCAUCGAUUCACAAAAGCCCGGCACGCUGGGGUCUCCUGAACUCCGCCCUAGCAAUUGCAAUUCAGUCCAAGGCGGCCGAAGAUUCCUACAGUGGAAUGAUAGAUCUAUCGUGGCACUUCUUUAAAACGUCAUUCGGCGUUUUCCCGGCAAUCGCCGCGCGCGGUACAGAUAUUGUGGCCCUGGAAGCGCUUCUUGCCAUGGCCCUGUUCAUGCAAGGAUCAAGCGAUGCACGCACAACCUCACUUUUAGUAUCCGAGGCUGCGCGGCUGUCCACAACUCUUGGGUUUCAUAGAAGCUCCUUCUAUAUGGGCAUGGACCACAUUACUGCCGAGCGACAUAAGCGGGCGUUCUGGAUUGCAUACAUACUUGACAAGGAUAUCUCCAUCAAAACUAGAAUUCCGUCCUCUUACAACGACGAUGAUAUCAGCCUUGGGUAUCCAAGUCCUGAUUCCCUCGGUUGUCCUGGGAAGACCGCUGUCUCAGAAAUACGUGUGGACGCCGCUGUCUUUCGACUACGAGCUCAGCUAGCCGUGAUCGAAUCAUGCAUUCAGAACCAGUUGUAUUCCGAAAAGGCCACUAAUUGCGGUCCGGACAUGUGUUCAGCAGCAGUUUCAGAGCUGAAUUGCCGGCUUGAGGACUGGAAAGGACAAGUUGCCGCAACAAUACGGCCAGGCCACGUUGAUUGGUCGACUGUCGGUCCGGGCAGGGAAACUAUCCUUGCGUUACAUCUUGUCUACUAUCGCGCUAUGAAUGCAGUUCAUAGUUGGGCGGCGUAUCACAUGCCUGUUGAUGGCAUUAACCUCGCGUCACAGUCCAUCUCUUCAAACUUCAUUCAUACGACUAUGGCUCACGCAUCGAUACAACUUUUGCAGUUUCUACCACCCCUCACGCCUGGAUGUCUCUGGCAGACUCUGUUCUACCCUUUGUCUGCAUGUCUUGCGCUAGUAGCAGUUCUGCUUAAGCAUCCCGCUGAUAUAGGAGCACGAUCCCAUUUAAGACACAUGAGUGAUUUUGUGCAGUUUCUGACCCAGGUCCAAAAGCGUGGAGUACUUGACGUUGAGCGCAUGCGACACCUGUGCAUCGAGCUUGAGAAGCUUGUGUUCGAAAUAGUCACAGCAGAGAAAAAUAUCGCGCACUCUACAAAAUUCCCCGUCGGUGACCAGAAAAUAUAUGAAAAGAUUCAAGUCAGUCCAAAAAGACAUCUGUUUGUGGAGUGA